ACGUACUUUAAAUUCUUACCAACCAAUCACAACUCUCCUGUUUCAUAUACAGAGAUAACUCUGAUCUCGUCUCUCUGUCCAGUUUAAACCGAGUGAAACAAUGGCUCCUCCGCAGAAGCUCUUUCUUGCCGCCAUUCUCUCCGCCUUCAUUGUCGCCACCACCACCGGAGAUGGAUCUAAUAAUGCUGCGGAGGAUAUUGUACAUUCCUCCUGCCUUCACGCGAGCUAUCCAUCGCUAUGCAUCCGUACGCUCUCAACUUACUCCGGUCCGACCAUCACAAACCGUCGCGAGCUAGCUCAAGCCGCCGUUAAAGUAAGCCUCUCACACGCUAAAGCCGCCGCUAAAAAACUCGCUGCGGUGAGAGAAAAAGUGGUGAAGAAACUGGAGAAAGCCGCGGUUGUGGACUGCGUUGAGAUGAUUGGAGACUCGGUGGACGAGCUGAGCCGCACGCUAAGCGCUUUGAAGCGUCUCCGUGUUUCGGGUGGUUCGGUGAACGAGUUCAGGUGGCAGAUGAGCAACGCGCAGACGUGGGCGAGUGCUGCUUUGACGGAUGACGACACGUGUCUCGAUGGGUUUCAAGGGAUCGACGGUGAGGUCAAGUCGGAGGUGAAGGAGUGGAUGACGAAAGUGGCGAGGGUCACGAGCAACGCGCUUUACAUGAUCAACCAGCUAGAUGAUAAACGUGGCAAGCCCCACGUCUUACGUCCUUGAUGUUAAUGUACUUUUGUCCUAAUGGACUGGACUGUUGUGAUGUUGUUAAUUUUUAUUCGCGUGUGUUUAAUUGCAAGUUAUCUAUAAUAUAAAAGGAAAGAGUUCUUUUUUGAAA